AUGCCAGAUAAGGAAACUGAUGAGCAUGAACAAAGCAAUGGCGAGGAAAGCAAUAAUACGACUAUUAAGAGUAAACAUGACCGUGCAAAUGCUGCAGAUCUCGAAAAGGUAACGGAUUUUCAAGAGGAAAGUGACAGUGUGAAAGGCGUAUCGAGAGAAAAGUUGGAUAGUUUAAUUAGUGGUGCUCAAGUAACGAAAAAGAAAGUUGUUGUGAAGAAGGAGGAUAUUCAACUGAUAGUCGAUGAAUUAGAACUUCCAAGGGCCCGGGCUGAAAAGAAAUUAAUAAAGCAUGAUGGAGACGUCAUGUUAGCUUUAAAGGAUCUCAUGGGUUUCUAG